AUGGGAGAGAGACUUGCCGCUCUCUACAAAGGUACCCUAAUGUCUAGGGAAACUCAGAAUGGUAGAGGAGGAAGCAAGGGAUUGAGGUUCAAAUGCUCAAACAACCAUGAGUUUACUGUAUCUUAUGGUAAGCUCAAGCAAGUUCCAACAAGUAAUUUGACUCUCGAGACCUGUAAAGACAUUUGGUGUGUAAAAUGUCACAAUUUCUAUUACAGAUGCAAGACCAAGGCUGAGCAAAAUAGUGCUGUAGUUACAAGUACCAUCUUUGAAGCCGGCCAUGUGAAACUCAACUGUCGUAUGGGCCAUGAUUUCAAGAUAUCAAUACAUAGAAACCCAGAUAAAGUUUGGUGCUCUCGUUGCAAGAAAGAUACUAAAACUGAAAUGCUUAAGCAAAAAGAACUAGAUCUUGAAAGAAAAAGAGCAGAGAUAAAUCAGCAACAGAGAAAGCUAUUCGAAGAAUCAAAGAACAAAAUUCAAAAUUCUCCUGCUUUCCAGACUCAGCAAUCACUUACUCUUCAAGAAAUCUUGAAGCAAGUAGAGUUGAAGGCAAAAUAUGAGACACAAAAAUUCCUGGCCCAAUCUGGCACUACUCAGAGUGAAUCAAGUAUAUUCAACAUCUACAAGACAAUUUACAUGCCAAGUGAGAUUUUGCAGGCUUCUCUCCAGUCUUUGGGGGAACACCUCAACUCUUGCUUCAGAAAGAUGGCUGUGAUACUCCAUCCGGACAAGAACAGCCAUCCACUCUCUAAGAGAGCAUUCCAAAAAUUAUCUCAGGUAUAUGCAAACAUUAAGCUUUCACUGAGAUAG